AUGCAAAAUUGUCCAUCAGGAUGUUUUCCAAGUUGUUACGCCAACUCACAAUGUCAACAAAUUGCGCCUCGGAUGGUAUGCAUUCAUGCAUGCUGUUGUCCAGCUACAGUUCCAACAAAUAAUGUUCAUCCAAUCUUCACUCCUGGCAGCAUUAAUAUUAUCCCAAUUCCAGUACCAAUCAAACCACCAAACCAAUUAAAUAUUUUCAGUCUUUUAACAGCAUGCGACGGAGGACCAGCAGUAGCUGCUUGUAUCAAUGGGCUUUGUGGACAAGGCUUCGUUUGUAACAAGCGGGGUUUUUGUUGUCGAUGUGCUACCGGAAAUUCUACCGGUCCGUGCAUCAAUGGUAUAUGUCCAACUGGCUACUCAUGCAAUUCCAAUUAUUACUGUUGUCCACUUGGUUCUGGUUCCGUACUUGGUCCUUGCGUCAAUAAUCAAUGUCCGGCAGGUUAUGCAUGUGGUGCCGGUAAUUUAUGCUAUUCAAUUGUGAGAGGUAGCUCGAAAAAACGAAAAUAA